GUGGAGAGGGGUGUCUCCAAAAUCGUCGGCGGCGACCCCAAGGGCAACAAUUUUCUUUACACCAAUGGCAAGUGCGUCAUCCUAAGGAACAUAGACAACCCGGCCAUCGCGGACAUCUACACGGAGCACGCCCACCAGGUGGUAGUGGCCAAGUACGCGCCCAGCGGCUUCUACGUCGCCUCCGGAGACGUGUCUGGGAAGCUGAGGAUCUGGGACACCACGCAGAAGGAGCACCUGCUGAAGUAUGAGUACCAGCCCUUCGCUGGGAAGAUCAAGGACAUUGCUUGGACGGAAGACAGUAAGAGGAUCGCCGUGGUCGGGGAAGGAAGGGAGAAGUUCGGAGCUGUCUUCCUGUGGGACAGCGGCUCCUCCGUGGGUGAGAUCACAGGCCACAACAAAGUCAUCAACAGCGUGGACAUCAAGCAGAGCCGGCCAUACCGCCUGGUGACCGGCAGCGACGACAACUGCGCCGCAUUCUUUGAGGGGCCACCGUUCAAGUUCAAGUUCACGAUCGGCGACCACGGCCGCUUUGUCAACUGCGUGCGAUUCUCUCCCGACGGGAACAGAUUUGCCACGGCCAGUGCCGACGGCCAGAUCUUCAUCUAUGACGGGAAGACGGGAGAGAAAGUGUGUGCGCUGGGAGGAGGCAAGGCUCACGAUGGCGGCAUUUACGCUAUCAGCUGGAGUCCUGAAAGCACCCAUUUGCUCUCUGCUUCCGGAGACAAAACCUCGAAAAUCUGGGAUGUCAACGCGAACUCGGUCGUCAACACGUUUACCAUGGGCUCCAACGUCCUGGACCAGCAACUAGGCUGCUUGUGGCAGAAGGACCACCUCCUCAGCAUCUCCCUGUCCGGCUACAUCAACUACCUGGACAAAAACAACCCCAGCAAACCCCUGCGGGUCAUCAAGACGGGGGAGAACGACUCCUUUGCCGGGAAGGGCCACACGAACCAGGUGUCCCGGAUGACCGUGGACGAGCGCGGGCAGCUGGUGAGCUGCAGCAUGGACGACACGGUGCGGUACACCAGCCUCGCCCUGCGGGACUACAGCGGACAGGGAGUUGUGAAACUGGACGUCCAGCCGAAGUGCUUGGCGGUCGGCCCCGGGGGCUACACCGUGGUCGUGUGCAUUGGCCAGAUCGUUCUGCUGAAGGACCAGAGGAAGUGCUUCAGCAUCGACAACCCCGGCUACGAGCCCGAAGUAGUGGCCGUGCACCCGGGCGGUGAGACCGUGGCCGUCGGGGGCGCGGACGGGAAUGUCCGCCUCUACUCCAUCCUCGGCACCACGCUGAAGGACGAGGGCAAGCUCCUGGAGGCCAAGGGCCCCGUGACCGACCUGGCGUUUUCCCACGACGGUGCCUUCCUCGCGGUGUGCGACGCCAGCAAAGUGGUCACGGUCUUCAGCGUUGCCGACGGCUACUCGGAGAACAACGUUUUCUACGGACACCAUGCAAAGAUCGUCUGCCUGGCCUGGUCUCCGGACAACGAGCACUUUGCCUCAGGCGGCAUGGACAUGAUGGUGUACGUGUGGACCCUGGGUGACCCUGAGACCAGGGUCAAGAUCCAAGAUGCGCACCGGCUCCACCACGUGAGCAGCCUGGCCUGGCUGGACGAGCACACGCUGGUCACGACCUCACACGACGCCUCUGUCAAAGAGUGGACAAUCGCCUACUGA